AUGGCAGAAGAAGAAGAAAAUGUGAUCACUCCUCCAUCUAAAAAGGCAAAACCACUUCCGAAAAAAGUCAAAAUCCCUCAAAAAUUUCGUGAAGCCUGGUUGAAUAUGCCAGAGUUUCAGUCGUGGCUUCAGAAGCAUUCGAGUGGCGAAUUCAAGGCUAAAUGCAGACUGUGCUCGAAAGAAUUAACUGCUGAUAUAUCUGUGUUGAAGUAUCAUCUACAGUCUUCCAAACACAAGGACAAUUGCAAUUCCAUCAAAUCAAUCAAUCCUAUGACUUCAUUUUUCACUCGAGGUCAUGAUAUUCCUUCACAGUUGGAUGAAGCUGUUAAAGUUGCAGAAACAGGCCUCGUAGGAUAUCCGACGGAACACCAUAUGCCAUUUAGUGCACUGGAUCAUUUGACAGACCUCAUGAAAAAUUUGAUUACGGAUUCAAAAAUCGUUCAAAACAUGAACCUCAAACGCACGAAAGGACGAGCAAUUGCCCUGAAUGUUAUUAGUGUAUCAGCUAAAAAUAAACUGGGAGAUAAAUUGAAAGCAACUAAAUUUAGUGUACUCAGCGAUGAAUCUACUGAUAUCUCAACUAAGAAAUGUAGCUGCAUUAUGGUUCGAUUUUACGACGAUGAGACAGGGCGUAUAGCUACAAAGUUUUGGAGUAUAUGUGAUGUUUUGGUACCAGGUAAAGUGACAUCUGUUUCUGCUGAACGACUCUAUGAGUGCAGUAUGUUGAGUUUCGUCGAGCAACAAAUACCCAAAGCAAAUAUCAUAGGAUUUGGGUCGGAUGGCUGCAGUGUAAUGAUGGGCAAGAACAAUUCUGUUGCAUCGCGCCUGAAAACUGAUCUACCGGGGAUAACUAUCUCAAAAUGCUUGUGUCAUUCAUUGCAUAUUUGUGCAAGCACUGUUUGUGAGGAACUGCCACGAACAGCAGAGAAUUUGGCACGCAAUAUCAACUAUUAUUUCACCUCCAGUUGUAAACGUCAGUCUGAAUUCGGUGAAUUCCAGAUAUUCUGCGAGACAGAGAUUCAUAAGUUGCUGUAUCCCUCCCAGACCCGGUGGCUGUCAUUGGUUGCAGUAGUUCAAAGGUUGUUGGAUCAGUGGCCAGCACUUCAGCUGUAA